UUCCUCGCGCACGCGCGCACGGAGGGGGCGACGGCCGCGGUGACGCUGCUGCGGCGGGCUGGCGGCGGCGCGUGAGGCGCGCGAUUCCCCGUGUCUUGGGAGCAGUGUCCCGGCCCCCGCCGCUCCGCUGCCGCCAUGUCGGGCCGGUCGGUUCGGGCCGAGACCCGCAGUCGGGCCAAGGACGACAUCAAGAAGGUGAUGGCGGCCAUCGAGAAAGUGCGGAAAUGGGAGAAAAAGUGGGUGACCGUGGGUGACACGUCCCUUAGGAUAUUUAAAUGGGUUCCUGUGACAGAUAGCAAGGAGAAAGAAAAGUCAAAAUCGAACAGUUCAGCAGCCCGGGAACCUAAUGGCUUUCCCUCUGAUGCCUCAGCCAAUUCCUCUCUUCUUCUUGAAUUCCAGGAUGAAAAUAGCAACCAGAGUUCUGUAUCCGAUGUCUAUCAACUCAAGGUGGACAGCAGCACCAACUCAAGCCCCAGCCCCCAGCAGAGUGAGUCCCUGAGCCCAGCACACACCUCUGACUUCCGCACAGAUGACUCCCAGCCCCCUACUCUGGGCCAGGAGAUCCUCGAGGAGCCCUCCUUGCCUGCCUCAGAAGUUGCUGAUGAACCUCCCACCCUCACAAAGGAAGAACCAGUUCCACUAGAGACACAGGUUAUUGAGGAAGAGGAAGACUCCAGUGCCCCACCCCUGAAACGCUUCUGUGUGGACCAGCCCCCGGUGCCGCAGACAGCAUCAGAAAGCUAGCACCGUCCUGGCACCCUUCGCCUCCUGGCCCCUUGCCUCUAUUUAUUGCAUUCUGGUUCUGGCCGUGCUUUGUUGCUGGGGUAAGGGCAAGCACUGGGGUCCAGAGCCCGCACAUAGGAGCCUCCUGGGCUGGAAGGUUGGACAUAGGACUUGGGGUUGUAGCAUCAUCUUCCCGUCCCUGGCACCUGUGUCUGCUUGCUCCUGAGAAGAGGAGCACUCAUGUCUUUUUUGCACCCUAAAUAGGCUGGAGCAUCAGCCAUCCCGAGGUUCAUCUGUCACCUCCAGGUAGCAAGCAGUCUCUGCUCCAGAACCUCUGGACUGAGCUGCUGGCGCUUCUACAGGAGGAAAGAGAUGUGGAAGGCACCCUCUAGAGAAGAGAGUGCCUAGGUUACUUGAACUUGAAUGGAGACUGUAGAUUCAUGAAUUUUCCCAUCCGGCUAGGGACCUGUGAGCUGCUGUUGAAGGCCUGGUAGAGACUUUGGAGGGAAGGGAAGGGCUCUUCUCUACACGGGGGCAGAAAAGUCUGGAUAGGUUUCCUGCUGUCCUGGCACUUCUGCCCAUUCCUGAGGUUAUCGUGCCUCUCAUGGGCUCUCCAGCUGCUGACAGUCCUUUGUCCCCUGCUAUAACCAUCCUCUUCCCCCAACACACACACACACCCACACACCCACACACACACACCCACACGCCUUUCCCUGUUCUCACCUGUACAUUUCAUUCCAGCAUCCCCUGCUCCUGCUACGGUCCCCUGCCUCCUGCCACAGACUCUGCCCCAGCAAGGAUUUGAGGUUCUGACAGCAGUACCCACCCCCCCACAGUACUCCUUCAGCUCAGACUUUCUAGAAAAUUCCCUCUUCUUUGAAAUCUGCAUGUUUAAUUGAACUUUGUGAUUUUAUUUUUUGUUCAAAAAAGUUUAAGAAAAUGGAAAUGGGCAACAGUGAGUGAAGACAUAUUUUAGCACUGAAUAGCAUAUUUUUAAAAUUAAACUAUUUGAAAUACGU